ACUUCCAUUUUAUUAUCUUAGAAAUUCACUGCUCACUUUGUGGCAGGAGGCAGCCUGCACUGAUUUACAACCUAUGGAGCAAGGGUAAAUCCUGCAAGGAUCAGUCCUAAACUUGAAAGAGCUGCAGCAACACACAUAGCAGAUGAGUGUCAGUGUAUCUGAGCCCACGUAGCGCUGUGUUAUCGGCAGUGCUGGGCUGACAGUCCAGAAGUGACAAACUGGGAAACAGUCCCCAGCUCUCAGCAAAUUCCCAGGGCUUAACAUUUGGUGUCAUUGUGAGACAGAAUGUACCCUCUCACUCCCUUUAUUAUUAUUUUGCUCUUUAAGCCGGUGGUUAGAUGAACACAUCUCAGCAGAACAACAUGUUUUUGGCACGGGGGCCAUCCUAUCACUUUGGACCUCUCCGAAGGCGGCUGUGGUGCUGCAUAGUUGAGCAGCUGCUGCCCCGUGCUGAGCUGCCUGUGCUCACAUUGCUGUCAGGGAUGGAGGUGCUUUAUGUAAACACCAUCAUUCGUUCUCAUCGCUCGCGUAGCCCUGGCGUUUUGUUUUUGUUUUUGAAGCUCCUGAUUUUGGCUGAGCCUUCGGACGAAGCAGGGAUGAAAGCCUUCGGUUGUUGGCUUGGCCUUUAGGAUAAAAUAUAGCUUGGGCUCGAUCCUGCAUUCCAGGCAUUCCCCAAAAUCCGCUUGGCUGCUGCAUGAGCUUUGGGAGAGUGGAACGCAGCCCCGGUGUGUGCUGUGCAUGAUGUGUUCAUCCUGACAGUCCCCGUCCUCAUGAGAUGCAGGUGGCACUGCGCACACAGACUGUCCCCUGCCAGCUCUGCUGCUCAUUGCUCCCGUUGGCAUUCCUUCUUUUCAGCCCUCAUUCUCACCAGGGUUUAGUUCUAUUCCCCGUGUUUAGGGCUGUGCUGAUACGUGGCUUCCUGCCUCUUGCAGGCAUUUAAAGAAAACCUGAGCUUUUUCCUUUUGCAAAAGGAAACCUUGCCAGCUGCUCAGAGCGCGCCAGCGUUUCUUAGAAAAAACACGGUGUGCUCUCAGCACCGCUCUGCUGCAGUCCGGGCGGAGAGUUCCUCCAGCAGUGUUCAGUUUGUUGUUGGUUCUUUGAGCCAUGUGUCAAAUUUCAGCUCUUCUGGCUCUUCACUUUUACUAUAGGAUAUGGUUAUAGGCUGAGCCGCUAACCUCUGUGUGAACUUCCUCGCGCUCAGCACAUGUGAGCGUUCGGAGCUGCACAAACAGGGGAACAUGCGGGCUCGCUUCUAAGCUCUUUCAGCCUGCAUGUGUGGAUGGAGGAGGAAGCUGUGUCUUUAAGAAAUGAGGCUUUUUUUCCCCCCUAUUUCCUGCAAAAUAUGAAUAGAUGCUGUCAGUGGGAUGGAGGUCUCUGAGGGUGCUGUGUGCCACGUUUGCUGCCGAGCACACAUACGGCUUUUCAUUUUUCCCCAGAGGAGGCAAGGAUGGGCAAAUCUUGGAGCUGGGGCUUCAGUAGCAGCAGGAAGGCUCUUGUCCCUGCACAGAGCUAUUGACUAUUCAUGGCAAAGCGUCCAAAAUGCAGCGGCAGAGCCUGUGGAAAAUGACAGCGUGUAACAAGCCUGAGUGGCAUUUCCUUCACGCUGGUCACAUGCCUCCUAAUUCACACACGCACCCCUCAUAGGCUGAUCAAAUGACUUCUAUCUCUGCCCGCCGCAUGCCUUCCCCAGAAAGAGUUGUUUUAUUAUGCACACGUAGGGCUCUGCUUUCAAUCAGUCACCUUCAGCCGAUGACUGAGGGCCACUGUGCGCUCCGUGCGGGGGGACGCGGUCACUGCGAGGGGCACAGGCUCCAGCUCGCUCUCACCUGAACCUUCGCUGCGUGGUAUAUGCUGCUGGGAUACCUGUAAGAGCUCGCCCAGGAAUGGUGGAUCACCUGGUGCCUACUGAUGAAUCCUUUUCAUCUACAAGGUCUUCUCUGGGAUACUUUAGGGACAUGACAGCAGGGGUGAGGUCCUACCAAAUGCUGCCCUCUCCUCUGUCAGAAGAUGACAGCGACUCGUCCAGCUUUUGUUCUUGUUCCAGCCCGGAAUCCCAAGUUCUCAGCUCCAGCUAUGGAAGCACAUCCAGUGCGGAGAGUCAGGACAGCAUCUUAGACUACUUGCUGUCCCAGGCAUCUUUGGGGAACACCGCUGUGUCAUGGUGGGACAAAAGGAGACUUCAGCCCAUAGUGAAAGAGGAGUAUUUUAGGUUGCCUGAAUUUGCUGUGGAUAUGGAAGACUCUGGACCAUUUCAGCCCACGCUUGAGGAAAUUGAGGAAUUUCUGGAAGAAAACAUGGAGCUGGAGCUCAAAGAAAGACCUAAAAGUGAGACCAAGGACUUGAGAGCUUGCAGCCAAGUUUCUGUUGCUUCGCUACAGCAAAAAGACCAUAUGUUACCCAGUGCUACUUUAAAAGAGAGUAAAAAUGAACAGUUGAACAGCUCGACGGAAGGUGGCCAAGCUUCAAAUGGAGGAGUGUCCCUGGAGAAUGGCAUACCGGUUAUGCUCCAAAUUCAGCCUGUACAGAUCAAACAGGAGUCCACCACGAGCCCUAGCUCCCAAGGACCAGCACAGGAGAACAUUAAAAUUGCACAGCUCCUAGUCAACAUCCAAGGACAGACGUUUGCCCUUGUGCCCCAGAUAGUUCAGUCAUCCAAUUUGAACUUGCCCUCUAAAUUUGUCCGCAUUGCUCCCGUCCCCAUCGCUGCCAAGCCAAUUGGGCCAGGAGGCAUGAUCCAGGGUCAGACGGGAAUCAUCAUGGGUCAGAAAUUUCAAAAGAACCCUGCAGCAGAACUCAUUAAAAUGCACAAAUGUUCUUUCCCUGGUUGUACCAAGAUGUACACGAAAAGCAGCCAUUUGAAAGCCCACCUGAGGAGGCAUACGGGAGAAAAGCCUUUUGCUUGCACGUGGCCAGGUUGCGGAUGGAGGUUCUCCAGGUCAGAUGAGCUGUCUCGGCAUCGGCGCUCUCACUCAGGGGUGAAACCCUACCAGUGUCCCGUCUGCGAGAAGAAAUUUGCUCGAAGCGACCACUUGUCCAAACACGUCAAGGUGCAUCGGUUCCCGCGAAGCAGCCGCUCCGUGCGCUCCGUGAACUGACUGCUCCCACCUCCCCUCCCGCAGCCGUCCCACAGCAGCCGAUGACAGCACUUUGCUCACUACAUUUCUAGUGAUAAUUUAUUUGUCUUCACAGAACAGUCAAUGCUGUUACUUGAUACCACCGUGUCCGAGUAUCCCGUGUCCUGUAAAGAUGAUUUGAGAAUGAAGAUAUUUUGGGGUCAGGGGAGGGGGAUGUUUCUUCCUUUUUUUUUUUUUUUUCUCCUUUUUUUUUUUUUUUUUUUUAAGGAUGCUUUUUUUCCUUUCUCUCUAUCUUUCCCUUCUUUGCUGCUGCUUCUUUUGGAAAUUACAGUGUUUUAUUUUUAGCUGUUUUCUGCUGCACAGGAAAAUGUAAGAGUUGCUUGCUGCUAGUUAAUUAUAGCCCUGGCAUUCCUGAGGGCUUUGCUCAUGUACAGGCCAUUCAUUGUGAGUUUUUAUUAAGCUGCUCUAUUUGUCCAGUUUGGAAACAGCAAAUUCCUUUUGAAAUGAAAACAACUCCUUUGUUUUUGGGUCGCCCGAGCCAAGGAUUUGUAGGGGCCGGCCAUAGGAGGAGGAACAGUGGGAGUCAGGGAGAGGGGGAGGCGAGACAUGCGAGUACUGGAACGUGCCUCUGCACCGCUCUCAUUUCUCCAGCUUGCAUUUACCUUUUCCUUGGUUAGGGCUAUAUAUAAAUAUUUAUGUAUAUACAUACAUACAUACAUAUAUAUAUAUAUAUAUAUAUAUUUAAGCUAUGAUGUACCCCAAACAAACCCAAAGCUCAGGCUGGAUGAAAUGGUUUGGUGCAGAGGCCUUUUGGUGUGACUCACUGCAUCCCAUGCUCAUGUUUUUCCUGUCCUGUGCUACCAUUGAGGGUGAAAGGAUGCCCACAAAUCGAAGGAAACUGCUUUCCUUCGCCUUGAAGCAUCCACCGCCUUUAGCAGAAGAGCUGUUUUCUAAUAUGUAAGGCAGCAGGAGGCUGCUUGCAAACGACUGUGCUCUGCACCUGCCGAGCACUGAGAACUCACUGCCCACUCAGCCUGAUGCCUCACUAGCUGGGGCUGAGGCUCCAUUUCCCCAGUACCCAAACUGGGUGCCAACCAGGUGAGCAAACACAAGGAGAUCUUCUGUCCCAGGGUGAGCUUCAGCGCUGAACUUUUCCUUACCAACAGCCAUGUCAGAGCUCCACACAGCUGGGGUGGGUGAAUGGGUGAGAACAGCCAAAAGAAAACAGUUUGUAUGGUAGUUGGCUAAGAAGGGAAUUUAAGCAAAUGAUCAGAUUGUAGCAGGCAAGUGAUUGUGUUUCUUCUUGUUUCAUUUUUCCUUUUGAACUCUGGCAAUUGUAAGAAGCUAUAGAAGAAAAUAGAAUUCAGUAAUUAGGAGCAAUUUUUUAAUGGAUGUUGCAUUUCCUUUCCAUUCGCAGACGGCAUCUGUUUGUCUUUUUGUUGGCAAAAUGGGAAAUAGAAAGCUGCGAUCCUAGCGCCAGGCAGAGCGGGAGCCCGCACUGCAGGAACAGCAGGUCUAGCAAAGGCGAAUGCAUUCCUUUUGUCCUCUAGAAAUUAAUAUAAAUGAACUAUCAUCUAUUGACUGGUUUAUAUCACAUCCUAUGAAUGUAUGUAAAUAAAACUGUACAUAGAUGCAUAUCUAUAUAAAAUAUCUUUUAAUAACAUAUCAAAAUUUGUGUAAAUUGGAAACAAAAAUACCUAUAAAGCCAGUGUACAUAAGUUACAAUUCUGUAUAUUUUCUUUUGUUCUUCAUAAAAAAUACUUUGACAAUAAAAUGAAAAUGGAAAUUUUAAA